UGGAGCAGUGAAACGUGACGGCCGACUCUUUAGAAACUCCUCAUCAGUUUUCCUUUUCUUAUUUUUUGAAGCGGUUUUUCAUUCUCUCACUUGAACAACCCCACUGUCUCUCUCUCUCUCGUCUCUUCUCUUCUCUGAUCAGAUGGAACCAGUAACGGCAUCAGUUCCUGAUUUUGGAAAUGCUGAAAUGGGAGUUUCCAAAGAUAAUAGUGUGGAAGUGGAGCAGUUUAGAAGUCGUGUUGAUGAAAUCUUUCAUAAGGUUGAUGAGCUUGAGCAAAAAGUGAAUGAAGUGGAACAAUUCUACUUGAAUGCAAGUAAAAAGCAACAGAGCAGUUCUAAAGGUAGCACAAUCGGGAAGGAACGAGAUAAGGAAAAACAUGUUCCAAGCAUUAAAAAGCAGCAGCAAGAUGCUUCACGACGGGAAGCAGCUGCUGCAAAGCGAAUGCAAGAGCUUAUGCGCCAGUUUGGCACAAUAUUGCGUCAGAUCACACAGCAUAAGUGGGCAUGGCCAUUUAUGCAACCUGUAGAUGUCAAAGGUCUUGGUUUACAUGACUACUAUGAGGUAAUUGAAAAGCCAAUGGACUUCAGUACAAUAAAAAACCAAAUGGAGGCUAAGGAUGGUACUGGGUAUAAGAAUGUUAGAGAAAUAUGUGCUGAUGUUAGAUUGGUUUUCAAUAAUGCAAUGAAAUACAAUGACGAAGGAAGCGAUGUUUAUUUAAUGGCCAAAACUUUGCUGGAAAAAUUUGAGGAGAAGUGGCAGAGUCUUCUUCCUAAAGUUACUGAAGAGGAGAAAAAACGAGAAGAGGAGGAGGCAGAAGCGCAGUUAGAUAUGCAGCUUGUGCGAGAGGCUGCUCAUGCCAAAAUGCUGCGGGAGUUGUCUAAUGAGCUUUAUGAGGUUGAUACACAUCUGGCACAGCUCCGAGAAACAGUUGUUCAAAAGUGCAGGAAAAUGACAACUGAAGAAAAAAGAAAUCUUGGGACAGCCAUAGCCAGAUUGUCUACAGAGGAUCUUAACAAGGCAUUGGAGAUUAUUGCUCAAAAUAAUCCGGGGUUUCAAGCAAUGGCCGAGGAGGUGGAGAUUGACAUUGAUGCUCAGAGUGAAUCUACCCUAUGGAGGUUGAAAUUUUUUGUCAAGGAUGCAUUGGAAGGUCAGCACAAGAGUGCAGCAAGCACGGGUGGCAACAAUAAUAACAAUCACAACAACAAACGGAAGAAGGAGAUUUCUGAUGCUAUUGCCAAAACUGCCAAGAAAAAGAGUAAAAAGCCUUCCUCUUGACAACAUCAUAUGAUGGAUAAGUGUAGCAUAAGAUUUUAGGGUUAAUAUUACGAAUGGCCCUUGAACAAUAAUGAAAUAUUCAAUGUGAUACUUGAAUUUUAAAAAUUUUUAAAGUGAUAUCUGAACUAUGAAUGAUGACACUUGACGAAUAAUCAGCCUUUCAAGUAUCACAUUGAUUAACAGAUUCAUAGAUCAGGUACCGUAUUAAAGAUUUUUGAAGUUUGAGUGACACAUUGAAUAUUUUACUAUAAUUCAAAAGUCAUUCAUAACAUUAACCUAAGAUGUUACCAUUGGUUGCAUUCCAUUUAUAUUUUAUAAUAAUAACCCAAGGAAGCAUAUGUCUAUAAGUUGGGCAGUGAAACUAUCUUGGUUUUGACUCGAUAAAGGACAUAACCAGGAACUCGAUUAACUGCUUCCGACAAAGAUAAUCAAACCACAGAUGUUUUUGUUGUUUUAUUGUCCUGUAAAUUUCCUAUGGAUGUGCUCUGCUAAUAUCUGUAUUACAUAUCAUAGUAUAUAAUGGACAAUUGAUUUUUGAUUUUAUUGUCUCUUCUCAUCUAUCCUGCUGUGAGCCAAGUUUUUUGCAUAUGGACAAUGUGAAGUACUAUUGUUCUUUACCAGUUCUCAUCCCAUUUGCUGAAGGGACUUUGAAUUAUUUGUUGUGCUGCAAUGUCCAAUGGUUUUUGGGCAAAUUUUGUU